AUGGGAGUAAACGGCGAAUCCUCUUCGUUAUUGGAAGCGUUAUACAACAACCCUUCCGAAAACGGCCGGGUGUUGUCGAUACAAAGCCAUGUUGUUCAUGGGUAUGCCGGUAAUAAGUGUAGCGUCUUCCCGCUUCAGCUUCAUGGCUAUGAAGUUGAUCCUUUGAACUCUGUUCAACUUUCGAAUCACACAGGUUAUAAAUAUGUCAAGGGAGAGAGGUUGAGCGAUACGCAUCUCACCGAUCUGUAUGAAGGUCUAAAACUAAACGAUAUUAAUAACUACUCUUAUAUUCUCACAGGAUAUUGUGGUACUACGUCUUUCCUUGAAAAAGUGGCUGACAUUGUUCAAGACAUUAAAAAAAAGAACCCAAAUGUCGUAUAUGUUUGCGACCCUGUUCUUGGCGAUAAUGGGGAAUAUUAUACGCCUAAAGAAAUGACAGCUGUGUACAGAGAUCAAAUUCUUAAACUGGCAGACGUUGUCACCCCGAAUACAUUUGAACUUUCGGAACUUACUGGGCUGAAGAUCGCAAAUGAAGAAGAUUUUAUAUCUGCCGUUGAAAAAAUCCAUUCUUUGGGCGUAAAAUCAGUUGUUGUAACAAGCGGUUUGGAGACAGAGACAACCAAGUUCUGUUACUGUUCAAUGAAGGAUGAUAAUGGCACUUAUUUGCGGUAUAGGUUUCACAUACCUAUAGUGCCAGGUAAUUAUGUUGGUACUGGUGAUGUCUUCACAAGCUUGUUGGUAGUUUGGCUUGACAAAGUUGGGGGCGAUCUGAGGCUAGCUGUUGAAAAAGUUAUUAGCAGCAUUCAGGGAGUAUUAAGGCGUACCAAUGAAUCAUCUAUUAGCAAGUUUUUACUCGUGGCCGACCUUGAACUACGCCUUGUGCAUUGUAGAGUUGAACUUCUUUGCCCAACAAUUCCAAUUCUUUCAGAACGUUUGUAA